ACUCGCGAGAUCAACGCCAAGUUGUGAAACAGCCUUCAACCCCGGAGAUAACGGCCACGGUUCCCACGAAUGGAGUAAUUUUAAAUUUCCCACAAUUAAUCAGAGCGUCGGAACCGUAGGAGAGAAUUCGCGUUAUCUGCGAAGGUUAUUGUUCAACCUGAGAGAUAGCAGCAGGCGCGGGGUCUUGGGACACGGUGACUUGCACACUUGCCAACUUUGACUGAUUGCCAGCCGCAGGCCUUAGGACUUGAAGUGGCGGACUUGCGCUAGCGCUGCCAAUCGCCAGCGAGCACACGUAGUCACGUGUCGUUCAGUCUAGAAAUCUUCCCAAAAGUUCACACUUCAGCAAGUGCAAGCAAAAAAAGGUGUGUCUAUUAAUAGUGACGGUCACCUUGCGAAAUUAAUCGGGGCGUCCUUUAGAUCCAAGCGGGAUAUCAUCCGCCCGGAGCAUGAUCAGCGGCCCAGCCUACUUCGCAAGCUUCGAGAAGAAGUGCAGCCAACUGCGCCGCACACGUUGGCGCGGACCAGCCGGAGUUCACGUGUCCACUAUAGUAGUGCACCGUCACACAGUAGGCUAUUUUUACGCCGAAUGUCACGACGGAAAAUUUUCCACCAGACCUUAGUGCAAGUCAUAGUUUUUGAACAUUUUUUCUGAUGUCGGACCUCGGCGGUGGCAGCUUUACCCUACCGUUUCAGCUGCGCUGAAACUAGAAUAUCUCUCUCAACAGCGCUAUAAAUAGUGCGGGCGCGAUUCAGCGCUAAAUUUAGUGUGCCAUGAGAUUGCAAAAUAGCCCAAAUUACAAUACCCGAUCCACGCGAAGCGCACAGAGUACAGUAAAAACCCCAGAAAUAGACACACAACACAGCGAGUGGUGGUGUGUACAAACCUCACUACCAGCAAACACAGGCAAACUACGUCAAACGGCCAGGCUGGCAAUGCGAAGGGUGUGUGGCAGCAGCAGGCCAUGAACCGUCGUCGUCGUCGUCGCUGUUUGCCUGCCUGCUCUGACCAGUGCAAAGUUUGAACACAAACCGCACCCGUCCCGUUCGCGCUCGUUGAUCACGCUAGGAUCACGCAGCCGAGCGGACGGAAUCAGCUGGUGUUCACGUGAACGGUGCAUGCCCCCAGUCUGAGCGUUUAAAAGGCGGACUUGUACUUUGGACCCGUCGUCGUCGUCGUUUCGUUGACUGAGCGGUUUCAGCGCUCAGCUCCGCUGAGCUCUGCUCUCCUGUUCCUUCUCAAUGACGUCGCGCGCGCGUUCGGUUCUCUCUCUGGGGCGCAGUAAGCCAUGACACAACAGACUUGGCGCGCGCGUUGUUACACACCCAUUUUGCGCGGCCUGCUUUGGGCGCGCGUACGUGACCGAUUGAGCGCGUGUUUUGGUCACUUUCCAAGAUGGCCGCGGUGCGCACUUUGCCCAUUCGGUGGCCCUACUUCGCGAGAGGUUAAGCAGGCGCUUAAGCGUAAACUGGAACAGCACCAGGCGGCGGCGGUGGCUUCGGAGAUGUUGUCCAAAGGAUUUACGACCCCGAUUCACUCGGAUCAGUCGGAGGACGAAUCUGACCUGCCGCCGCGGAAGCGGCUGUACGUGCGAGAUCCGGUACAGCUGGAGCAGCACUACCAUCACACGUUGACCAGCUCGAUGACCCCGCCCCCGUCGGAUCUGUCCGGGUCGGAGGACGAGAACACCAAGUCCGCUGAAGAUAAUGGACUGGCGGUUCCGCCGCCCCAGCGCGAGUCGGUCAUUAUGCGAAUUAACAAGGACGGGUCGUGUACGGCCGCGCCCAAGCAAACCAAAGAAGAUGAAGCGAAUCUGAACGUGUUCCGGUGCGUCAAGUACAAGAUGGGACGGCGCUCGCCGUUCGAGAAGCAACAGUCGGAGCAACCGGAGGAGGUCAUCGCCAUUCCUAGUCGAGUAUUAGAGCCACAGCCCCAGCAGCAGCAGCCGCAACAGAAGAAGUACCCAGUACCUGUCGUUCCUUCCGCCGUACCUGCUCCAAUGGCCGCGCCCAAGCUCCCUGUGAUAGCGCCUAAGAUUCCCCAGAUCAUCCUGGCCACCCAGAACGGCUUCAUCCUGGUUCCGCCGCAAAUCUCUCAAAACCUGCUGGCCUCCAACGGCGCGACCACCACCUCCGGCAAGACCCUCCUAGUACAACACCAGUCCCAGCAAUCCCUCGCUCAAUCCGCCCCAGUCCCAGCCCCCCAAAAGCCCGAGCGGCGAAGAAUCUACGAGUGCGAGCAUCCCAACUGUGGCAAAAACUACUUUAAAUCCAGCCACCUGAAGGCCCACCAGCGCAUCCACACCGGCGAGCGGCCCUUCAUCUGCAAGUGGGCCGACUGCGGCCGCCGGUUCUCCCGGUCGGACGAGCUGUCCCGCCACAAGCGCACCCACACCGGCGAGAAGAAGUUCGUCUGCCCGGUCUGCCAGCGGCGCUUCAUGCGCUCGGACCACCUGUCCAAGCACGUCAAACGUCACAACAAGGACAAAAGCCAGAAGGGACAGCAGCCGUCCCAGCAGCAGGUCCAACCGGCCCAACCCCAACCCAUCUACCCGGUUCCGGUGCAGUUCGUCGCGACGGCCGCGCCCCUCUACUAAGUCUGCUCUUAAGAUUCUGUACAUACAAACCGCGCCAGCUUGUUGCACAACUGUUUCACAAGCGUUGCACGCUUGUGCAACCGCCGUGCAACUUCUCGCAACUUCUGGAACUGACUAGAUUUUAACCUUUUCGCGUCCCCCCUUUGACGCAUCCAAGUAGCCGCAUGUUGCACAGCCGUUCCGAAAGAAAACCUCUGUGCAACAUGCCGGUUAAUUGGCACUAACCGUGUGUUGUCUAUUGUUUGUGGUGUCCCUUUUAAAAACUUUCCGGAGAUGUCAUUCCAAGUUAAUACACACACACACACGCAAACAAACUUAAACACUCUUACUCUCGGACAGGGAAUGGUUACACACUGAAAAAAAGUGAGAGAGAGGAAUCGUAUUAUCUGUACCAAGUUGUGUCGUAGAAAAAAAAAACGUUCGUUUUCUCUGAGUUGUUUGUGUUUACAAGAGGGACAAUUUCUUCUCUGAGGUUUCUGUUGUUUCUAACAAUUAUCAAUAUAAAAUACAUCUGUGAUCGUUUUAAAAUUACAUUACAAUUAAGAGAGAGAAAAGUGAGAGUUCUAUACUAACGGCGUAAAGUUUUAGUAACUUAUUUGAAGCGCGCGAGCUUUUUAAGUUUUAGGUUUCACCUGUUUGUUCAAACUGAACUGUUUAGUAAUAUAUAUAAAAAGUUGUUUUAUUUGUUCAUACCAACUAAGCGAAGCGGAAGCGCGUCAGCGCGAAAAGAGAAAAGAAUUACAAAACAAAAGCAAAAUACAGCAAAAAACUAUCAAAUUAAAAACAAAAAA